AUGGUGGGAGUGGGAGUGCCGAUAUGCGUGCAAUGCGGGACGAGGAGCAACCCGUGCCGGUGCAAGGUGGUGGGACCGACGGUGGGGUUUCUGGCGUUCGCGGCGGCGGCGGUGGUGGAGUGGCCGCUGGGGGCGUUCGUCUACAUAUUCAGGCACCGGAAAGGGAGGAGGAUCAUGGCCCAUCCGGCCACCGUCGUUUACCCUUCCGUCACCAAUGCCAUCCCCAUCUGA